AUGGACAGCUCCCGCGCAGUCCCGCUAAGGUAAGAGGCAGCAGACGGGAGGACAAGGGUCUGCAUGCAGAAACUUCUCUUGAACGCCUCUUUGGCUUGGCGAUCGCCAGAAAAGCGACUGGGGUGGCCGGUUCUGCAGAGGGGGCGGGCAACGGAAGGCUUGGCGCCGAGGGACGCGAGUGCACGCGAUUGCCCGCUUGGGCAAGAUUCCUUGACACGGAUUAGCCUAGUGGAGUGGGUGGGGGUGAUGCAGGGAAGGAAAAAGGCUUCCCCCACCUCCCACGCCUUUCAGCGCGUGGUGAAACAGGGACACUCGUCUGUGUUCGUUAAGGAAGAAAACGGGAGGGCAAUCUACGCCCAGUGAACAAGCUCAGCGAGCGUGGUCUCGUGAAUAUGGACGAGUUACACGUGUGCGGUGCUGUGAUCCCUCCCCCCCCCAAGCAGAUCGAUGAGUUGGGUUGGAAAAAGGACCCUCCCGCUCCCGCCCCCUUGAGCACCCCUCCCUUUGAGAGAGCGCCGCUGGCCUUGAGCUCUCCCCCCUCGCUCCCUCCCCACAGACCUGGCUUGGAGCCUGUCACAGACCGAGGGAGCAUGGGCGACUACGAAGCCCGGCGGUUGUUAAGCGCGCUGGUGAAGGAAUACCUGGGGGAAGAGCUGGAGCGGGCGAGCGAAGGGAACAGGUAAGGAGAGCCACAGGUAGGAGGGCGGGGAGGUAGGAAGGGGAGGGUGGUCGCAGCGGGGAUCGGGGCGGGGGGGGACUCUCCUCUCUGGGAGUGCGGGCUCUUUCCGGGCAGAUCAGCUGAUGGGACCUCUUCUCCUCCCUGGGAUGUGCAGACCCAGCUCCUGCGAGACGGGUCCUGCCAUCCUGAUGUUCCCACUCUGAUAGCCAUGAACUGGGGUCUCAGAUUGGUCUUUUCUUAACUUGCUCUCUUUUGGGUUACUUCCUCUUGAGUUACUUUUUCUUCUCGUAAAAAAAGAGAGAGAGGCCUUGCAAGUUGAAAGAGAGGGGGUUAGAGUAAAGUGGGGCAGCAAGAGGUACGUCUUGGUUUUAUUCCACCCCCCCCGUGAGAAAUGCACAGAGUUCUUCUCAUCACAACUCAAGCUUCUGCGCGCGCCCGAGUCAGUGCAUGCCGUCGGGAAGAGGCGAGGCGGCCUUCCAAGUGCACGCAGCGCCCCCUUCCCUCUCCAGGCCGAGUCUUGCAAUUGCACCUGCACUUCCCUAAUGAGCUCCGGUUGCAAAGCAUGCUGAUGAAUGAGACUCACCAUGCAUGCCGGAUGAUCUUGAACUGUCCCUCCUCGCGUCCCGCCGGGAUCGCUAACUGUCAGCAUCCCAAGCAAGCGAGCGAUUGAUCACUUGCCAUUUACUACAGCCCGAUCCUCCUUCCGACAGAGCCCUUUUGCAUGGACCUUGUUGCACCGGCACUGCGUCGAGAUUGUCUUGUUGUUUUUUAAAUGCCUAUUUGUUGGUCGUUUGGUCUCCUGCUGUGGUUUUCGUUGAGUCUGGGCUAGGGGUGGGAAUGGGAUAUAACAAGGCAUGAUGACUGCGCAUGGUUUUCUGUUACUUUGUUCGGCAUGUUUUUCCCCCCUGCAGCUUGGAUAGACCUAUUUCCAAACGCUGUGCCAACCUGAGCACUUGUGUGUUGGGCAAACUGUCUCAAGAAUUGCACAAAUUGCAAACUUACCCUCGUACUGACGUCGGGGCUGGAACUCCUGGCAAGAAAAGGAAUGUGCUGAAUGACCUGGAAAACGAACGCUAUGCAAACUAUGAGGAAGCCCUCGGAAACAACUAG